GUUUUAGCAAACCCUGCACCUACUGAAAAAGCGUGUGCAUGUCUCGGCGUCGCGAAACCUUUGCGCUUUAUCCCACAGUGUGCUGAGGAUAACGCUGCGAACAGAAGCGAACUGUAACUACAAUAAGCUUCAUGUACCUUGAUACUAUAUAAAAGGGCAGUUUGUUAAUUAAUAGGAAGAACAUUGGCGGUCCCAUCUGAGCCGUCGGCAGCAUGGAGUUUGACUUUGAGGAACACUUUGAUGGAUUGCCACAAGCGGACGGGAUGCCCCCAGAUCGGAACAUGCUGCCGCUGCAGGUUGAUCCGCGCGGACCAGGGAAUCACGACUUUGGGGCUCAGCCACAAGGCGGCCCCAUGGAUGUUGGGCAGCCCUUCCAUAUAAAGCUUGAACAGCCGCAGGCGUUGCCGCAACCCCCACCUAGACCCCCACCUCAGCACCAGCAACAGCAGCAACCACAGCAGCCCCCAGCCCCCAGCGCUCAAGCACUACGGGAAGCGCGGGAAGCAGGCGGACAGGUUUACAUUGCCAAUAUGACUUGGUGGACGACCGACAUGGAUGUGGAAGCCAUCUGCUCGAACUUCGGCCCCAUCAACGGGCUGCAGUUUACAGAGGACCGAGCCACAGGCCGGUCAAAGGGUGUCGUACUGGUGGAAUUUGUGGAUCCUGAGGCAGCAGCGAGGUGUAAAGAGGAACUCUCGGGGACACCCAUCAAUGGCCGGAGCUGCGUCGUCACGUUCGCGGGCAGCGGCAGCAGCGGCGCCAGCGGCAAGGCCGGCCCCUCCAACCGCUCCUCCGCCCCCGCCGGCGGCCCCAGCAACCCCAACGCAUCCAACUCAAUGGGUGACGGCGGUGGCGGUGGCCGCUUCGGCGGCCGCAGCGGACGCGGCGGUCGCGGCGGGCGAGGAGGCCGUGGCGGUGACCGAGGUGGCGACCGAGGCGGCGGCGGCUUCGGAGGGCCGCCGCUGCCGCCGGAGAUGGCGGGCGGCGCGCCGCCGCUGGGCAUGCCGCCCAUGCAUGGUCCCGGCAUGGGUCCCAUGCAGGGUAUCACGGUUCCCCACCAGCACCCUGCCGGGGGGUUCCUGGGGGCCGCCAUGGCGGCUGCGGCUGCGGGGCCGCUGGCUGGGCUGCUGCCGGCCAUGAUGGGCGGCGUGGGGGUGGGCAUGGGAGGCCCGCUUGGAGGGCUGGGCGGCGGGCCGCAUGGACCUGGACCCAUGGGUCCGCAUGGACAUGGACACGGACAUGGGCACGGGCAUCAUCACAUGGGCGGCCCGGGAGGGCACUUCAUGCCAGACAUGUGAGCAAACAACGCUGCGGUGGCGCCUACAAGGCAGCGGCGGGAU